GCCGCCAUGUUUGUUAAGGGAAAACGACCCAAAGGAAACAUAACUUUUGAUCUGGGCGCCGGAUGCUCGCUACCGAAGCUCACCCUGAAUUAUGGCGGCUACGGCGCGGACGCCGCAUGCGACUGGCUUUCCAGCAGAGGGUAGAUGCAGUUACUAUGUGGAAAAGAAGAAGCGGUUCUGCAGAAUGGUGGUGGCCGCGGGGAAAAGGUUCUGUGGUGAACACGCUGGAGCCGCGGAGGAAGAAAAUGCUCGGAAAAGAAUCCUGUGUCCUUUAGAUCCAAAGCACACAGUAUAUGAAGAUCAACUAGCAAAACAUUUGAAAAAAUGUAAUUCAAGGGAGAAGCCAAAACCUGAUUUCUUUAUUCAAGAUAUUAAUGCAGGCUUAAAGGAUGAAACAGAAAUACCUGAACAAUUAGUUCCAAUUUCUUCUCUAUCUGAAGACCAGUUGGGAAACUUAAUUAAGAAAUUGAGAAAAGCAAGUGAAGGUUUGAAUUCUACACUUAAAGAUCACAUUAUGUCCCAUCCAGCAUUACACGAUGCCCUUAAUGACCCUAAAAAUGGUGAUUCUGCAACCAAGCACCUGAAACAGCAGGCUUCUAUUUUAGGUAACAUUGAAAAAUUAAAGUUACUUGGUCCAAGAAGAUGCUUUGUUGAGUUUGGAGCAGGAAAGGGAAAAUUAUCUCAUUGGGUUGAUAUUGCCUUAAAAGAUGCUGAAAAAGUUCACUUCAUCCUGGUAGAAAAAGUGACCACAAGAUUCAAAGUAGAUGGCAAACACAGAAAGAAAAAUUCAGUGUUUGAAAGACUUCAAAUUGAUAUUCAACACUUAUGCUUGAAUAAGAUUCCUGUGCUGAGAGAAGGGAAACUACCUGUGGUAGGAAUUGGAAAGCAUCUAUGUGGUGUGGCAACAGAUCUUGCAUUACGGUGUUUGGUUGAAACCUAUGCUGCCAGUUUUGAGGAAAGCAAUGAAGAACCUUUAGCCAAACGCAUAAAGAAUGAUAAAACAGAAAAAGAAAUUAACACUUUGACCAAGGAAGGAAAUGAAAAAAAUGUCCCAGAGAAGUGGACCCCUGUGGCUGGCAUUGUUAUUGCACUCUGUUGUCACCACAGGUGUGAUUGGAGACAUUAUGUGGGCAAAGAAUAUUUCAGGGCCCUAGGCCUUGGAGCAGUGGAAUUCCACUAUUUCCAGCGAAUGAGUAGUUGGGCAACUUGUGGAAUGCGGAAAACAUCUUUUGAAGUCUCAAGUGUUACCACAAAGACAAAAGAUAAUCCGAAUGAUGAUAGUGAAGAGCAUGAUGAUGGAGGAUACAGAAUCACAGAUGACAACUCUGAGAGUUUGCCUGGGCUUCUUACUGUUGAAGAAAAGAAGAAAAUAGGGCAUCUUUGUAAAUUGCUGAUUGACCAAGGCCGAAUCCAAUAUUUACAGCAGAAGGGAUUCAAUCCUACUUUACAGUACUAUACAGAUCCUUUGGUAUCUUUGGAAAAUGUAUUGUUAACUGCUUUACCAAUUCAUUCUUCACCAGAAACAACUGCUUAAUGGCAAAGAAAUUAGAACAUCAUCUGUCUUCCACCAAAAAAUUUUUAAUUAUAUUUUAUAUUCACAAAAAUAUAAUUUAAAUAGUAGAUAAUAUGAACUUUAAAAAAUACUGUGACCUCAUUAAACUUUGGCAAUAACUUUGUUUUUUUACUUCAGAAGUCCAAACAAUUCAUCAAGUUCCCAAAGUAUUCCUCUUCAGCAGAGAAUUCUGAAUUGCAUUAUCCAUCAGUAUUUGUAGAGGUUGGUGAAGUAGUCAAACAAUUGACUUCAUCUGAAAUACACAUAAUACAUCAACACAUAAUUAACUUUAAGUUUCUAUUUGUAUUAAUUUCAGAAAUAUAUUUUCCUUUGGUUAUAUUCAAUAUUUUUUGUGUCUCAAGUUCAAAACGUAAUGAUCAAUUGUCAAUUUGUAACAAGGGCCAAUCUGAGAAUUUGGCAAUGUGAGGAUUUUUUUUCUAUGCAGAUCUGGAGAGGAUAAUCAAUUGUGCUUUUUCUCAAAUGCAAACAGAUUCAGAGAUGUUCACAAUUAAUAAAUGAAAUCGCUUUCAGACUACCAGAGCCAUACCUAUAUUUACAUACUAUCAGAAUUUGUUCACAACAAACACCAAAACUGAAGAAAUGUUUUCAAGAAAAAAAAAAUUUUACUUCAUUUUUUUGUUGUUAGAUAAAUGUAUAGUCAGAACAUCCAAAAGGAUACAAGCAUAAACCAAAAAUUAAAUUUUAAAUUUGCAAGUAAUUUUUCAAGUUAACUUGGUAGCUUAUCUUUUACCAGGCCAUUUUUUACAUACGUAAGUUCAGACAUUAAGUAUGUUCUCUUUUUUUUUGGGGG